UACAGACAAGUCACGUUGGACGACUCCCCAUUCCACACCAAAUCACCAACUUCAAACUCACAGGCUUUCUCCUUCUCAUUCACUCUUCGAUCUUUCUCAAGACAAAACUGGUUUCCCAAUACAAAUCCGCAACCCUUUUCUCUUUGUCCUGUUCCUUUGUAGCCCAUCUCCUCCUGUCCGUUUCGCUUCUCCAAAGAUGAGAAUGGAAAUCUGGGUCUUGUUGAGCAUGGUCGCAGCAACUGGGUGGUUUAGAUCUGUUGCUUCUCUCACGCCAGACGGUGAAGCACUGCUUGAAGUGAAGAUGCAACUCAAUGAUAGCCAACAAGUUCUCAGUGACUGGAGAAGCUCGGACAGCACGCCAUGCAACUGGAUUGGGAUUAACUGUGACCCCCAUGAUCUUAGAGUUACCUCUAUAAUUUUACCCUACCGACAUCUUGCUGGAACGAUACAUCCGAACAUUGGGAAGCUCACCAGACUUCAGAGACUGGCAUUUCAUGGGAACAGCUUGCACGGCUCAAUUCCUCCUGAGAUGAGUAACUUAACUGCUCUCAGAGCAUUGUAUUUGAGAGAUAAUCGCCUUGAAGGAGAGAUACCAGAGGAGCUGGGCCAGUUGCCUCAACUCUUGAUCUUGGAUCUUUCUAGCAAUCUUCUCAACGGGUCGAUACCUCCUUCUUUGGGCCAUCUAGCAAGAUUGCAACUCCUAAAUCUAUCAAAUAACUUUUUGUCCGGAGAGAUCCCCAAAAAUGGUGCAUUGGGAGCAUUCAGUAACUACUCGUUUUUCGGCAAUUCUGACUUAUGUGGCCAUCAAAUUGGAAAGCUAUGUAGAAAUGCAAAGGGAUUUCCUGCUGUACUUCCGGUUGAGGUGAACGACACUGAAACAGAGGUCACUCCACCAAGAAGGACGUCACAGAGCUUGUACAUUCUUCUCAUAGGAGGCACGUCAGCUGUAGGUCUUGCCUUGCUGUUACUUCUUGGGCUUCUUUGGGCAUGCUUGUCAUCCAAAUAUGGUAGAUUCAGUAAAACAUACUCGAAAGUUCACAAGCAGAUUGAACCAGAUUCAGGUGCUAAGCUUGUCAUUUUUCGUGGUGACUUACCGUAUCCCCCACAUGAUAUCGUCAGAAGGAUUGAGCUACUCGAUGAAACUGAUGUUAUCGGAGUAGGAGGUUUUGGGACAGCGUACAAGCUCGUGAUGGAAGACAAUUGUGCUUUUGCCGUGAAGCGAAUAGAUCGAAAUCGUGAGGGAAGUGAUCAGAAAUUCGAGAGAGAACUUGAAAAUUUGGGUAGCCUCAAACACAUGAAUCUGGUUAGUUUGAGAGGCUAUUGUAUCUUCCCUUCUGCUAAGCUUCUCAUAUAUGAUUAUAUGAUCCGAGGAAGCUUAGAUACCUGGCUCCAUGAGUACACCGAGGCAGACCCAGUUUUGAACUGGAAUGCACGGCUGAGAAUAGCUCUUGGUUCAGCAAGAGGGCUUGCAUACCUUCACCAUGACUGCUCUCCAGCAAUUGUGCACAGGGACAUAAAAGCAAGCAACAUUCUGCUAGAUGAGAACCUGGAACCUCACGUAUCUGACUUUGGUCUUGCUAAGCUUCUGGUAGACAGUGAAACCCAAGUAACCACUGUUGUUGCUGGUACUUUUGGUUAUCUCGCACCAGAGUAUCUGCACAGUGGUCGGGCAACUGAGAAAUCUGAUGUUUUUAGCUUCGGUGUGCUCUUACUGGAACUCGUGAGUGGGAAGAGACCAACGGAUCCGGAAUUUGUCAGGAAAGGCUUAAACAUUGUUGGUUGGCUGAAUACCUUGAUGAGGGAAAACAGACUGGAAGAGAUAGUCGACAAGGCAUGCACCUGCAUCAUUCCGGAAACCGUGGUAGCUGUUCUUGAGAUAGCAGUGAAGUGCACUGAAGCAAAUCCAGAUGAUCGCCCUUCUAUGAACGUGGUCCUGCAAAUGCUUGAAGAAGGGAUCAUGUCGCCAUGUCCAAGUGAAUUCUAUGAAACUCACUCAGACUGCUAGUAGAGAAGCGUGCUUUUUAUGCAGAGACCUGGCCAUGCAACAGUCCAUGGCAGUUUCUUGGCAGUCGGAGGGAAGCUUAGAUUCGUGUAAAUAUGGAACAAAUAUAGUUUGUCAAAUCUCCCUUUGACAAUGAGUCCCCUCUGUUCUAGAACAUAGUCAGGAUUCUUGUCAGGAAAAUCUUGAAUCUUAUAAUUUAAGCUUUCGGCCUUCCUUUAAAGUAUUCGUCAUAUUCUAAAUGUAGAGAUUAUAAAUUGCAAAAAUGCAGUACUUCUAAGAGAAGAUAGAUUUUGGGAACGUUUCUUCAACAGUGCAAAAAAGAAAAAGCUUCGUUUGAACGUUGGUUUUUUAAGAUCUUCUGAUAUUUAUGAUUAUUGCUCGCAA